GCCAUGUUCUGGCCCAGAUGAGCUCCAGCCUGGCGGUCCAUGGGGAGCCCCACUUUGCGCAGGGCCCUGCUGCUGCUCCCCACUGCCUUCCUGCGGACCUCUUUGCCUGCUGCACCGGGGACAUACCUGCCUCUCGACCACCCACAAGUCACCACCAACUUUGCCUGCAGAGCUAAAGUGUAUGGGGCCCUGCCCAAACCACGAUGCCAGCAAAAGUCGUGGGAAGGCCCAGCCCUCUCUGUGCCAACCCUUGCUCUCAGCACAGUUCAGCUAUGCCCGCAUAAAUGCCAGCCGUGUGUCCGUGUUCGCUUGGCUCUGAAUGCUACAGGCAUAGAAGGGCUGGAACUGCAUUUCCUGGUACUAAAUUCUAACCGCUCCGUCCGACUUCAGGUCCUCAGGCGAAACAAGCGGAGAGCAGGCACAGACACCUUGUGGCAGCUGCAGUUCGACUGUUUCACAGCAGAGAGUGGCCAGUGGGUUUUUGUCUGGCUGGAAACCCUUCCCAGUAGGAUGCUGGUUCUCAACCAAAGCCUUCAAGUUAUUAAUGAGAGGUCAGGGCCCAAGUUCCACUACACAUGGAUGCCAGCAGAUCGAGUGAUUGAGGUGUCUGUUCCCGAAGGCCCCAAUGUCACUGCGCGCCUCUGCCAUCAGCUGGCUCUGGAGUGUGAAGAAUUGCACCCCCCUUUCCACAAGCAGGCACUGGUUUCCAGACAUCAACCUGCUGUGCUGCCGUAUGAGUACCUGCUGCCUUGCUUAUGCAUUGAGGCAUCAUAUGAGCACCUAGACAGCCAGCGUAAGAAGAAGUGCCCCUUUCAGGAUCAGCCAGAAGCCUAUGGUCCAGAGUUGUGGUCCUCAACGCAGAUCGAGGACUACAGCACCAGCGACAUGGCCCAAAUGGCUAUGUCUGUACAUGGCCGCUGCCUGCUUUAUCCCAAUGCCUCCCUCUGCUGGAAAGAUAGUGCUGCUCUAGAAGCAACCUGUUCUGACAUCCCCAAUUCCACAGCCACCAGAUCCGACCAGAUCUACACCCUGGAGGAAGUGGACGUGCACCCCCGGCUAUGCUUCAAGUUUUCUUACAGUAACAGCAGCCAUGUUGCGUGCCCACGCCGGACAGACCCUGCCUGGAAUGUAUCUCUCAGUGUCAACUUCCUGCAGAUCCACUUACAUCUCCACUCCCGUGUACCAGCAUCCUUCAGUUCAGCCUUAUGUCAGCAGCAGCCACCUCUGGGCCAGUGUGUGCCAGAACCACCAGUCUAUACCAUCACCCAUCCAGAGGGACAGGGCCCAUGGGAUUUGGACCUUAUCCUGCCUUGGCGGAUCUCAAGGAGCUGUGUACUGGUCUGGCGUUCUGAUGUGCGCUUCUCUGGCAAACAGCUUCUGUGCCCAGAUAUUUCUCGCAAGCAUUGGGGACUACUUGCGUUUGGAUUGGGACUAGGACUGGGAUUGCUGGUGGGCGUCAUCCUGCUGAUUCGCUGGGGCUUGCACGGGUUCCAUAGAGAUACCCUUGGCAGAGGCCACUCCCGUCCCAUCCUGUUGAUAUAUUCCCCUGAUUCGGAGGAGCACAAGCAGUUGGUGUGCGCCUUUGCUGCGCUGCUGCACUCAGCGCUGUGCUGCCCUGUGCUGCUGGACCUCUGGGAACUGGGCCACGUAGGGCGGCUGGGCAUCUUGCCCUGGAUGUACGCCCAGCGAGAACAUGUCAGCCAGGAGCAGGGGCAAGUGCUGGUCCUGUGGAGUGCCGGCAGCGCUCAUGCCUACGGACUGUGGCAAGGGAAAGCAAGAGCUGCCCCCCGGCUGGCCCCGGAGCCUCACGACCUGUUUGGGGCAGCCAUGGCCUGUUUGCAAGGCGAACUGCGGGGCACGUCAGGAGCUGCCCGACAAAGCGACUGGGUCAUAGCCUAUUUCAGCAAGCUGUGCGGACGACGGGACAUUCCCCAGGCCCUGCGCUAUCUUCCCCGCUACCGCCUGCCUCAGGAACUGCCUGGCCUAGUGAGGGUACUGCAGGGCCCUUCCAGUUCCACUCCCAGCUGGUUCCAUGCCAGUGCCAAGUCCUUAGUGCACCGCCUACUCAGGGCUGAGAAGAAGAAAGGCCCGCGAAGCUGGCCCCAUCAGCCCCGGAGGAAAGCCACAGACAGGCGCGCAGGCUCUCUCUUCCCUCUUGCUCGUCCCAAAGUGCGCAUGCCAAACUGCACUUGAGUGAUUGCUAAGAGA